UUAUUUUGAUCAAUAUAAGUUAACUUUCAGGCUAAUGCAAAUACACAUUCGAGUGUAAAUAGAUUAUAUUGCACAGGAUUGAUAUUCGCCAGAUUUAAAACUUAAAUAAUACAACUGCCUUAUAUGGUACAUAUGCGACACACCUCUUGCGAACUAGCGGGAUAUUUAUCUACUUUUGUAGUGGACUGAACCAAGUAAAGCGACAGCGGGACUAAGUAUUUGGGUGGACUGUGUGGAAUUUUCAUUAAUUUGUACAAUUUUUGAGAUAUAAAGGUAUCCUUGAAGUGUUAAAAUAGACAUUAUGGCAACAACAACACCAGUGGCCCCAGAACAUGUGAAAUUAAUGGGUGAUAUUAGUAAAGGAGCUGAUUUGAAACAUGUUCAACCAGUAGAGAAAAACCCUUUACCAUCACAACAAGAUGUUGUUCAAGAGAAAGCUCAUCAAGAGUUUUUAGAAGGAGUUAACAAGUUUGAUUCAUCUAAAUUAAAUCAUGCUGAAACACAAGAAAAAGUUGUACUGCCAGAUACAAGCACUAUUGUUAAAGAAAAAACAGAAAAUGAAUUAAGAGAGAGAAUUGGUUCUUUUAAUAAAAGCGAAUUGAGUCAUACAGAAACUGUAGAAAAAGUUGUCCUGCCCAACCAAGAAGAUGUACAAACUGAAAAACAACAUCAACAGUUUUUGGAUGGAGUGAGUACGUUUGACCCAUCAACAUUACAACAAACAGAGACUAAAGAAAGGAUAAUUUUACCUGAUACUACUAUGUUAGCUGAAGCCAAACAUGAACAAGAACAUUGUGAUCAUAUUAAAAAAUUUAAUCGAAGAAGUUUGAAGAGAACAGAAUCUAUUGAGAAGAAUAUUUUACCCGAUGCUCAGAUCAUCCAGCAAGAAAAACAAGAAGCCGAAAUGAGAAAUUCUAUUGAAGGGUUUUCAAGAAACAGUUUAAAGAAGGCAAAUAUGGUUGAGAAAAAUGUCCUUCCAUCCAAGGCUGAGAUCGAAAAAGAGAAAAAUGCAAAAGCCUGAAUGGGAAUAUUUCCAGCAUGUUUACAAGAUAGUGAUAGCAGUAGGCAACACACUACUUGAUACUACCUGAUAUAUUGUAUAUAGACACUAGUUACUCUGCUAUAUAAGUUUAUAUAUGUCAAUAUGUUAUUCCAAUGUUAUUAUAUAAUAUCAUAUAGAAAUCUACAGCUUCUCAACCUUUUUUUUAUGCAACUUUCUACUUUAUUUUGUUAUGUAUAUUAUACCUAGUUUUUAUUAUUAUUAUCUCUUACUCUUGUUAAAAAUAAUUGAGUUGAUUUGUUAGUAUAGAAUUAAUAUCAAUCGACAAGUUAAUGACAGUUAAUAACACUUUGGAUCCAAAUUCUAUAUUAUGCUUUACAUUCAAUUACUUCAUAUGUAAAUCUAAACAUAUCAAUUACCCAUGGCUUUUACUCUUUACUGUAGGCUGAAUUGUUAUUUUGUUAAUUUAAGACCAUUGAUAAAUCCUCAGAAAGAGCUUGAUUUUUGAUAUUUCAAUUUCAAUUUAAGAAUACAUUAGUAACCAGUGCUGCAAAUAUGAUUUACUCACAAAUAUACAGCUUAUUACUCUCACCAUAAAGCUCACGUCUAAUGAUUGAUCUUGCAUUCCAGAUUAUUGUCUUCCAUUAAAGAAAUAACAUAACUAUACAUUACAUAAGUAUAUAUAUGUUAACAAGACAUAUAUCAAUGAAGUAGUCAUAUUUUGGACAAGAAAUUUGAUAAAGUUGGGUUGUAAUUUAUAUGAUAUCAGAACCUAAUCUAAUCAAAAUGUCAUUUUAUAUUCCCCCCCCCCCCCCAAUUUUUUUUACAUGAAAUUAACCCACAAAAAUCUAAUUGUUGUGUUGUCUUCUGUAUAAAGACUGCUUAACAUGAAUACUUGAAAAUAUGGCUGUCAUUGGGAAAGGGACCAAGUAAAUUGGUAUAUGUAUCUUAGCAACAAUUUGUGUUUUUUUCCAUAUUCUAAUUCAAUAUUGAAAAAAAAAAAAUCAAUUUCUUUAUUUUACUUUACUUGUGUUAGCUGUUUCUUUGUGAAAUAUUCUGUAAUUGUAUAUAAUUCCAAUGAUCAAAAUAAUUCAUAACCAUAAUCUUUAACAUUAAUCAUACUAUUCGGUGCUUUAUUUUAUAAUCACAUGUUCACGUUUCUGUGGUAUAGUGUACCUUGCCAGUAUUGACUUUGUUUCAUUAAUGUGCUAAGCUAGUCCUAAUAUUUACACUGGUAUAGCCUUACCUGUCAGCUUUUGUUGUUUGUUAUUAUUAUUUUUCUUUAUAUAGUUUACCAAUCUCCCUUACUUUAUAUAACAAAUUAAAAAAUGUGAUGUUUAUCGAAAGUUAGAUUUUUGUAGAAAGCUAACAUAUUCAACAUUUAGCUAUGGCUGAUUUAAAUGUGUUUACCUCAUAGAUUCAGACACCAUUUUGUUAUAAUAUGCAGUGGUGAAAUUAAUAUUAAAUCCCAUGAUGAUGUACUACAAUGUUGAAUCAAAAAUCAUAUGAACAGUAAUGGGAGAUUGAAUCAUUAGAUUUUUUAGGCUUUAUUUUGUUGUUUGCCUCUGUUUACUUCAAAUUUUUAGUUUCCAAAUAGUAUGUACGUAUUUUGAUGUUUAAUGACAACUUAUUUAGAUAUUGAAUUAGGCUUAGCUCUGUUAAUUUGUUUUUUGUCUUAAGUUGUAUAGCCAUGACCAGGUUGAUAAAUGUGUCCCAAGCUAAGGAUAAUGUCUUUAUUUAUAAACUUUUUUUAAGAUAAAAAAAAAUUCAAAUUUUUAGUUAAUGAUGAAUGAAACAUAUAAAUUAUCAGUAUUAAGACUAUGCCUAUAAAACUUGAUUCAGAAUUGAGAAGUAAUUAACAUAAAGAAAGAUUUUAUUUUAGCUUUAACUGAAAACCUAUUUUAUUGGUUGGUAUCUUGGAUGAGGUGAGUUCUAAAUGGGACUAGUAGGCUAUGUUUUUAUGAUCAACUCUCACAAUAAUCAUAUUUUGGACUAUAUUAAUACAAUGCUUUAUGCUUUAAAAAUGUUAUUGUAAAAUAAAAGAAAUUUAUAUCCCUGUAACUGUCCUAGUUAAACAACCUUGUUUCUAGAACUGGACAAAGUAAUAUUUACCGUUCACAACAAUAAGACUCAAACAUUUUAUUCUAUUGAAUUUUUGUGUAUGAAAUAUUAUCUUUGUGAUUCAAGGCCCUUAAUAUGAAAUUAUUUGGUUAAUAAUAGAACAUUAAACUAUUCAUCCUGGCUAUUUAUAGUUAUAAGAUUAUAUCCACCUUAAAGGUACACAAACUUUGGUGUAUUCAAUUUAUCACCUUUUAUUAAGUUCAGGAAGAUGUAUACAGCUUUUACUUUAUUAAUGCUUUGUUUCCCUUUAUAUGUUCGCAUAUAGCAAUGUUCAUCAGUUUAUAAAUAAAUAAUAGUCAACCACAAAAGAA